UGGUGCGCGGGGUAGGCUCCCUUGGUUGCUCGAAGAAGCGAUGCGCCUCUUAAGGAGAGCGAAGCCUCAACAGGCGGUUGGAGCUGCGUGAAGGUAAAAAAGUUACAACCCAAAGUUCCACUAUGUCAUCCAGACCUUUUGAAAGUCCUCCACCUUAUCGACCAGAUGAAUUCAAACCUUCACACUAUCCACCAAGCAACAAUACAUACGGCGGUGAGUUCCAUCCUCAGCCUAUGUUCUCUCAACCGGCAUAUUCCUAUUAUCCGGAAGAUGAAGUGCAACGUUUCUACAAAUGGUCCUCCCCCCCUGGAAUAAUCAAGAUCAUGUCAGUUCUCAUGCUAGUCAUGUGUAUUGGUACCUUUGCUUGUGUUGCUUCCACUUUGGCUUGGGAUAUGGACUUGUAUGGAGGUCCGCUAGGAACUGGUUUGGGGUACCCUAGCUUUGCAAGUUUUGGAACCAACUAUGCUGGAUUCGGUGGCAGCAGUGGUUUUGGAAGUUUUGGUGGCUAUAAUGGUGCAUAUGGCCUUGGAGGAAAUUAUAUUGAUCCACGAGCAGCAAAAGGCUUUAUACUUGCAAUGGCAGCUUUUUGCUUUAUUGCUGGAUUGGUGGUUUUUGUGACUGGUGUUACAAAGACUAAGAUGGCCAGGACAAGCAGAUAUUAUCUCUUUGUGAUAAUAGCAAGUGCUAUCUUGCUCUUCUUGAUGUUCAUUGCUACAAUUGUAUAUAUACUAGCAGUCAACCCAACUGCACAAGCUUCUGGAUCAGCGUUCUACAAUCAGAUCUAUAUGUUGUGCAACCAGUUUUACACACCCACAACCACUGGGCUCUUUGUGAAUCAAUACUUAUAUCACUACUGUGUGGUGGAACCUCAGGAGGCUAUUGCCAUUAUAUUAGGCUUCCUGACUGUUGCAGCUUUGGCUAUAAUAAUAUUUUUUGCGGUAAAGAUCCGAAGUAAAAUGGAUUACUAUGGUAAAAUGAAUAUACUGUGGGAUAACUCAAAAGGUUUUGAUGAAGCUCCUAAUGUAGAAGAAUGGGUUAAGAAUAUAAGUGCAGAACCAGAGGCAGCUGUGCCAGGUGCUGACUCUCCAGAUCAAGUUGCCAGUUCUAUGGGAUACUCAGUUUCUGACGCUCCUGCACAUCCGAUUCCCAACAAAAAUUACACAGCUACUCCGGCACCUGAAGCUGUUGCUCCCUUAACUAAAGGCCUAAAGCAAUUCCAGUAUGUGAACACCAGCAGUUACAAUGGGUCAGCUAAGGAGCCGCCACAGAAAAAGAAAAGAGGAAGAACAAGAAGAGCCAACAAUGAUCAUUACGAUGGCGAUUACACCACUGGUGGAGAGUCUUGUGAUGAACUGGAGGAGAACUGGGAUAGAGAGUAUCCACCUGUAUCAUCGGACCAGCAAAGACAAGCAUACAAGCGAGACUUUGAUGCAGGAUUACAAGAAUACAAACGAUUGCAAGCAGAACUUGAUGAGAUCAGCAGAGAACUCUCUCGUCUUGACAAAGAACUGGAUGACUGUAUUGAAGGCAGUGAAGAAUAUAAGGCUGCAGCUGAUGAAUACAACAGAUUGAAGGAUAUCAAAUCAUCAGCAGAUUAUAAAAGCCGAAAAGCACACUGCAAGAUGCUGAAGAGUAAACUGUCCCACAUCAAAAGGAUGGUCAGUGAUUAUGACAGUCAGAAGUCAUAACAAGAAGGAAACAAAUCAGUCUGCAUAAGAAUGCUAAUUUUCAUUAAGCAGGGAUACGUUUGUGUUGGACAACAGAUACUGAGAGAGUUCCUCUGUAUACUUUUAUCUACUUCUUCGUUGUAAUACUUGUGCCAUGUUUACCAUGAAAUAUGAAUUCAGUAUAUGGGAUCUUUUAUAGCUUCACUCAGUCAAGGAAUUUUACCACCUAUGUUAUCAGGAUCAACAGUAGACAUCUUGAACUUCUGCUUUCCUUGUCUUUGGUAACUCAUAUUCCAUUUUUCUCAGUAUAUUGCAAUCUUAAUUUCAGAAAUAUUUGACAAAUGUUUUUGACAUUGCACCUUCCAUAGUAUAAGCUAUGUUCUUUGUCUGAAAGGUCUGUCUUCCUCCCUUAUUCUCAACCAAUUUUGUACAUCUAGGUCACUUGUAAAUAUCAAAUUAACAGGCGCUUUUAAAUGGUGUCUAAACGGACCCAUUGUUGAUCAGCCACUAUUGACAAUGUGAAACUGAAUGUAAAUUUAUUCUUUUAAAAUCUCAACUUGUAUUUUAGAUAUCAUUUUAUUACAGAAAUAUAAUUUUGAAUAAUAGCGUGUUUGACUUGAAUGUCCAAUUUAUAACUGUUAUAAAAAUGCCUGUAUGUUAUAUUGGACUAUAUAAGCAGCUACAAUCCUAUACAAACUUAAUGGGAAGUCCUAAAUUGAUAGGGUUUAUUUUUGAUAUUGCAAGCAUAAUUAACUUGAUCCUUUUAAAUUGCCAAAAAAUCUAGACUGCUCUGUAAGGACAGGUUAAAUUAUGGCCAAAUGACAGAAGUAAAAGCAAAUGUAUUCACAUUACAGGUAGUCCUUGUUUGACUGCCACUAGUUCAGAGACCACUCAAAGUUAACGACAGCACUGAAUGAGUGGUACUUACAACUGGUCCUUGAAGUUCUGGCUGUCCCAGCACCAGGCAACCAUCUUGCACUUACAGUGGUUGCAGCAUCCUGUAGUCACGGGAUCACCAUUUGCAACCUUCCCUGCUGGCUUCCCACAAGCAAAGGCAAUGGGGAAGCCAGCAGGGAAGGUUGCAAGUUGGUCUGGCAAGUUGCUCGUGCCCUUCCCUACCUGGCAGCAGCCAUCAUGUGCCUUGCCUGCUUGCGAACCAUCUGGGACUCACUUAAUGACCUGCAGUCCUCACUUAGCAACAGCAACGGGGAGUGCCAUUGCUAAGCAAUGUGGUUGCGUGACAUUGUGCUUUAUGACUGCAUUGCUUAGCAGUGGAAAUUCCGGUCCCAAUUGCCAUCUUUAACUGAGGGCUACUAUAAUGCAUUUAAUGUUAUAAUGUUGUAAUAACAUUGAUAUUAUUAAAAAUAUAUUAAAUAUAAAUUUUACUAUGAAAACAAGUAUUGUAAAGCAAAAGAACCUAAACUUUGUACUGCUAAUUUUCUGUUGAUUUUAAACCUAGGCACUCUUAACCAUUAUCUCCGGUGAUAAUUCAGUAGGCGUUGGUGCUGCUCUUACCCUGCUGGCGAUGGAAAAAUUAUAAGCACUGAAUUGAAAAACCAUAUGCAUACAAUUUGGCUGUGUUCCAGCGAUGUACCUUAUGAUUGGAACUGGGGAAUUUCUUUCCUUUUGGAGGAUCCCUAAAACUGCCUGAUUUAGGUCCCUGACAGUGGCUGCAUCCAGAAUUCUUUGAAACAGAUUGGAGGUGGGGAAACAUGCUGGGGAAUAAAAGUUCUGUGAGUGCAUGCCAUACAUGAUGAGUCUAAGACUCUGGACUGCAAACAAUUUUGAUCAUAGAACCAUAGAUUUGGAAAGGACACCAAAAGUUAUGUAGUCCACGCUGUUGCUCACUGCAGGGUCUGUUCAACUAUGUUUUAAAGAUUCAUUGAGAUUGGUAGGAUCUAGUCAUGACUAAUAAGUCCCACAGAUCAAAAUGUGACUAAGCUUGGAUCCAUCUCAAUUUAUGUAAGAAUUGUAAUAAAAUUUAAAAAGUCAGCUUCUCAACAAUGGAAAUUGUGUUUAAAUAUAUGUAACUAGAAUGCAGUAACUACUUGUUGAAGGACUAGAUUUCGUUUUGUAAUUUGUAUGAUACAGUGUCAAUAAAAUUGAACUCUGUCAAUGCAUAAACAA